GGAUGUAGAUGAGCGGCCAGAAUGUGGAAAAGGAGGUUUUUGAACCGAAAAGAACGAUUAGGAAGAAUAAAGUUUGAGUAAAACUAGAUAAAAUGAAAAAUUUCAUGAAGAAGCAAUUCUCAAACCAAAAGAAAUCUUAUAUUCAGAAACUCAUUAGGUUCAAAAGCUGCUCGCCUUCUAAAAGAACCUUGGUCAGACAACCUAGGCGAAGGGUUCACACAGAUAAGAAAAACAGCAGAAAUGUCUCAAAAAUUAGUUCUUUAUCAAAAAGAGUAGUCCCUAGAGUCUUUAGUCCAGUAGCUAAAAUUAUAUCCAAACUUAUCCAAAAGGAUAUUAAUUUAAGAGAAGUUAUCUAUAAGAAUAACGCUAAGACAGGGUCUCAUUCUUCUAAGUUAGCCAAGAAAAAAGUGAAGCCUAACUUUAAAGGGAAGAUAUCCAAGCUAGCUAAGCAAAAGAGCAUUAAAAAGCCUGUGAAAUUAACAAUAUCGAAUAUUUUUGGAGACUCAUCAGCCUCUUCACACGCUCAAAAUCAUUGUAAAAAUAUGAGAUACAGCCAGAUUCCAGAUUUGAAACUUCAUCAUAACCAAAAGAUGGAUGUUAUUCCAUGAGAGUCUAAGAGAUCUCGCUUUAACUCAGCUGGUCAGAACUAUGAAGUAUACAUGUCGAUGAACCAGGAAGAGUCUGAUAAUGUUCUUGAUAAGUACCUUCUAAGUAAGCCUGCAGAUUCACCCAAAGACUGAAGAUUUCCCCAGAUGGAAAAACAGAGAGAAGAAGGCUUAUAUCAAACUUUCUAUCCAGAAUACAGAGCAAACUGCCAAAAACUUACUUAGCUAAAUUAAUAUUUGUAACAUCUGAAGAACAAGAAUAAGCUAGCAAAACUCAUCCAGUAUAAAAAUCUAAAUGCUCCAAUAUCAAAA